AUGGAUAUCAACGUCGAUACUGAACUGUUUAUUGCUGCUGUCAAAAACCAGCCUGUCAUAUGGGAUACGACAUCAGAACAUUACCAUGACAGGAUUAAAAAGAGAGGAGCCUGGUUCAUCGUUUGCAAAAAGCUAAUGAAGCGCUGGAAGAAUAUUAUCGACAACUACAAGAAAACAGAGAGAAAGAAAGAUAAAUCUGGACAGGGAGCUUUGUCCGGAAGACGUUAUCUGUAUGCACGACAGCUGUCUUUUCUACAACAGAUAAUAGAAGCGGUACCAACUGAAAACAGCAUAGUGGAGGAGGAGGAAAAUGAAAAUGACAAUAACGAUGACAGUAUUUCUCCACACAAAAAUUCUUCUGACCAAGCGACAAGUACAGGAUAUGGCAGCAAUCCAUCUGGUUCUCCGUCAGGUCCCUCUUACACCACACUUUCACCUUACGGGUCUUCGUCAGUGAACUCAAAUUAUGGAGACUCCAUGGACAUUUUUGGUAGCGAUUAUUCAACAAAUUAG